AUAGUAACUCAUAUGUUUUAUAAAAAUUGCGACGUGGGAUCUGGUUUGGGUUUAUUUUUGCCAUCCCUUUUUUACAAGACUCCAUGCAUGCAAAACCCAAAUCCAAACGCCCCCUCUUCUUUCCUGUGAUCGAUAUUCUUUCCAAAAUGGUCGGUUUUGGAUUUUUUUUGUAUUUACAAUUCAUUUUUUCUCUCCUAAAGUUCCAAUUAGAUUCCUUGCAUGUCCCACACCCUUUUGUUUCCCCCUUUUAAAUAUUCCCAUCUCCUCUUCUUUUUAUUUUGCCACUCUCAAUUCUGAUUCUUCGUUUAUAAUCUUCUCCACCUUCCACAUAAUCUCUCUGUCUUUCCUCCAUAUUCUUUCCUGCUUCUUUCCCUUUACUCCCCUCCUCAUGAUUCCAGAACUUGAGAAACCGAGGAUUACUGAGAUAAAGGUCCGGAUGGACUGUAAUGGGUGUGUUCAGAAGAUCAAGAAGGCAUUGUAUGGAAUCAAUGGUGAGCCAAACACAAAAAUCCAUCUUUUUUUGCUUUGCUUUCCUCUGCUUUCUUCUUCUUCUUCUUCUUCUUCUUCAGUUUUCUUGUUCUUUUGCAGGCAUUUAUGAUAUCUACAUAGACUUUCCCCAGCAGAAACUCACCAUCAUUGGAUGGGCUGAACCUGAGAGAAUCAUGAAAGCCAUCAAGAAAACCAGGAAGAUCGCCACCAUUUGUUCCGAGUCUGAACAGACGGAUCCUCAAGCUGCUGCUACUGCCCAACCUACUGAUAAUAUGAUGCCUAGUGGUGGUGGUGGUGGUGAACCACCCAAUUUGUCAUCGGGUGGAGGUCCUCCUCCGUCUCAUGACAUGGCCAUGGGUGAUGGCCCACCUAGCCAAAUGGUCGUCCAAGAUGGUAAUUCAGCACCACACUCUGAUCCAACCAACGGCCAUCAAGCACCACCGCCUGGGUCAUCUGAUCCUGGACAGGGCCAUGUCACCCACCACCAGCCAUCCGAGCACGGUCAAGUAGUCCACCAAUAUCCCUCAGAACCCGGCCAGGUUGUCCAACAUCAAGGACCAGGACCAGAACAUGGCUAUGUCAUCUCUCACCAACCUGAGCAUAGCCACAUGGUCCACCACCAACCAACUGAACCCGGCCACAUAAGCCAUCAUCAACCAUCCGAGCAUGUCCACGUGGUUAGCCAGCCACCUGAUCAUGGUCAUAUCGUUCACUCCCACCAGCCACCUGAAUAUAGCCACACGGUUCACCACCACCAGCUACCUGAUCACAGCCAGACAGUUCAGUACCACCAACCAUCUGAUCACAGCCAUACAGUUCACCACCACCAGCCUCCAGGCUAUAGCCAAAGCCACGUAGUCCACCACCAACCCGAACAUAGAUACAGCUCUAGCCACAACUACCACCACAACAUCCCAGGAGUGACAUCAACGCAGCCGGUGACCGUGAUACACAGCUACAACACAUACAAGCCAUCGCCAUACGUUACCGAGUAUGUCCGGCCACUGACAUACAACAGGCCCUCAUCAUAUGCCUCUGAAUACAUACCACAGCAACCAACCACCCAUUACAGCCCAAGAAUGGACCUUUACUAUGAAGACUAUUACAACACAGGCACAGGCAGUAGCAAUGGGAACAUCACAUCAAUAUUCAGCGACGAGAAUCCGAACGCUUGUAAUCUAAUGUAAAGUAAAUAGAAGGAAAAGAAAAAAAGAGAGAAAAAAAAAACCCAUCUGGUAAAAGAUCCUACAGUUGAGUUGGGGAAGUGAUUUAAUGUUAGGAAGACUUUUUGAUGGGCACGCAAGAGAAAACGAAUGAGAUUCCCAACGUGGGAGUGCUGGAAGAAUCGGAUACCAAAAUUCCCACCUUUUGGUGAUGGGUAGAUAUAGAUGAUAAACCGGGUGAAGAACAUUCUUGUAAAGGCGACGUGGGGAAUCUUGUAAAGUUGUAAAGAUUUUUAAGGCUUCAACGGCUGACAGAUGUUUACAGAAACGACUUUAUGUUCUUGCCAAAAAAAAAAAAAGUUUUAAUAUUUGCUGAAAUAUAAGAGGCAUUCGGAGAGAAUGAAUCGAAGUUCUGGCCUACCAGAACGAAUCUUCAAAUCUAA